AUGUUCGAGUUCUGUCAGCCUAUCCUACACUACAUGGAGGAUCCACUACUGGGUUUGCGGCGGCCCGCCUGCCCGCCUGCUUGCCGCACGCCGUGCCGAAGCGUCGGAAGCUUAGUCAGCGGCUCUGAAAGAACAAAAGAGCAGAAUAGCUGUAAAUGGACGGACACGGAAUAUUUGGAGGUCAGUAGACGAAGGGAUGGUGUCUAUGGCAUCUAG